GGUUACUGAUGAGUUUCGGUUUUGCUGCCUGGCAAGACAUGUCCGACUCUGCCUUCCACCCCCUGAUGAGUUCAGCAGCUGCGAGGAUCUGAUGAGCAAUCUCGUCCUGAGGCUGUGUGUCUGGCUGCUAGCAGGCAUUGCAAUCGUGGGAAACAUUCUCGUCAUUGUUUGGCGAAGCGGCUAUAGCUAUUGCAACCAGGUGCAUUCAUUCCUAAUCACCAACUUGGCCGUGGGUGAUCUACUCAUGGGCUCCUAUCUACUCACAAUAGCUCUCGUAGAUCGUCACUACCGCGGAGUCUACUUCAUAUACGAUUCCGCCUGGAGAUCUAGUCGUUAUUGCGCAAUGGCUGGAUUUCUCUCCACAUUCUCCAGUGAGUUGUCCGUCUUCACCCUUACAGUAAUCACUCUCGAUCGCUUUCUCGUGAUCAUCUUUCCAUUCCGCGUCCGUAGGCUGGAGAUGACUCGUACCAAGCGGUUGAUGCUGCUGGGCUGGCUUUUGGCUGCUUUACUCUCCGCACUACCACUGAUGCACAUCAACUAUUUCCACAACUUCUACGGCCGCUCAGGCGUGUGUCUAGCGUUGCACAUCACUCCGGACAAGCCCAACGGUUGGGAAUACUCUGUCUUUGUGUUCUUGUUCCUGAAUCUCCUCUCCUUCAGCGUGAUAGCAGCGAGCUAUCUCUGGAUGUUCGUGGCGGCCAGGACCACUCAGCAGGCCGUGUCUCGGGACCGCCGCACCAACGAGGCAGCAAUGGCCUGGAGGAUGUCCUUGCUGGUAGCGACAGACGCUGCCUGCUGGGUACCUAUUAUUGGUCUGGGUCUAUACUCCCUGGCUGGCUUUACCGUUCCUCCACAGGUGUUCGCGUGGGUGGCUGUGUUCGUGUUACCGCUGAAUGCUGCAGUAAACCCUGUCCUGUACACUUUGUCCACCGCACCAUUUAUCAACCCUGCGCGCCACGGUCUUCUGUCCUUCCGCAACUCCUGCAAGUUGUCCCGGAACACCUGCACGUUCUCAAUGCCACCAACAAGGCAUCAAG